GCCGGGACCAAGCGAUAUAUGUCUCCGGAACUGCUCGCCAAAAUCUGUACCAGCACACAACUUGGUGUGCAUCCCAGUCCAGACUUUGAGGAGACCGAGACCGAUGCUAUCCUAACACCGACCGUGUCCGCCGAGAGCAAUCCGUCGGUGAUGCUUAGUUUCGACACACUCAAAGCAUCUGACGUGUACGCUUUCGGGCUGGUUCUGUGGGAAGUGGCCCGCAGAUGCCGCACCCAGGAAGGUGCAGAUCCGUAUUUGCUACCCUACGGGGAUCAUAUACCACCAGAACCGACCUUCUACACCAUGUACGAGACCGUGUGUAUCAACGGAAUCCGUCCCACAUUAUCUGCUCGGUGGUCCGAAGAUCCUAUCCUGUUAAGAUUUGUGCGUCUAUUGGAAGAAUGUUGGUGCGCACGACCGGAAGAACGGCUCACAAUGCUUCGAAUUAAAAAGACCCUGGGAGAAUUGAUUUCCCGAGAGAAAGAAUCCUAUUCAAAUCCAACGGACACUGUAGAAGAGACAGAACUUCAGAUGAACCAAAGGGAUGAUAAGUCGAACCAAUUGUUGGACAACAAUUUCCUAACCGGCACUGCUUUGACCUAUCUAAAAGCUCUGCAGUUGUAUUUCUUGACUGAACUUGUGGAAUUGAGCUCGGAAAACACGACUGAAGUCGGUCAUGGUAAAGAUGCUGUGGGUUCCUAUUCUAGGAACCACGCUCCCAAGAUCAGAAGACAUCCUUAG